AUGAGCGAGCCUGGACCUGGAAGCACAUAUACGCAGGGAUACAGCGAGGCGGUGCUCAAAUCUCAUUCGUCACGGACCGCUGAGACGUCAGCUGCCUUUCUCUUACCUCAUCUUAAACGUGAUGGCAAGAUUUUGGACAUUGGUUGCGGACCAGGAACGAUCACAACCUCUUUAGCUGCCUACGUUCCUGACGGCACUAUCAUCGGCGUCGAUUACUCAGUAGAAGUGGUCGCAAAUGCUCGCAAGCGCCUCGACGGACUGCGUGCAAACGCCAAGACUGAGGCCGAGCAAGGCGCAGCUGAACGAUGUAGCUUCGAAGUGGCCUCAGUGUUUGAGCUUCCGUAUCCCGACGACGCUUUCGACGUCGUCUAUUGCCAUCAAAUGCUGCUACAUUUGCCGGAUCCCGUCAAUGCGCUCAAAGAGAUGCGGCGAGUGUGCAAGUCUGGUGGACUGGUGGCCGCUCGCGAAGCCGACUUCACUACCUCUGUCCUCUUUCCCCCGACAGAAACUUUUCGAGUGUGGCUCGAGGCUGCAACAGCAAUCUAUCGCUCGAUAGGUGCCGAGCCAGAUGCGGGUCGAAGAUUGGUACGCUGGGCUCUGGAUGCGGGCUACGCAGCUGGACCAGACCACAUUACCUUCUCGUCGAGUAACCAAGCGUACGGCGGUCAGCCACACGCCAAGUUCUGGGGGGAGAUGUGGGCACAACGUGUCGCCGCUGAGCAGUGGCAGAAACAGGCUCUUGAUACCGGCAAAGUCGAACAGGAAGAUGUGAAGGCGAUCGAGCAAGACUGGCUGGAGUGGAGCAAAUCACCGGACGGCGUUUUCAUUAUGGUGUGCGGUGAAGUUCUCCUGCGAAAGUAA